UGCUCCUCAGCUACCACAAAUAGCACUCCGUUUCUAUCCUCGAGCUCCACGCCUGCUCCUAUCACGCCCGCUCCUACCCCAACAUUCCUCGUAACCCGCACAUCAAGCUUAGCUACAGUAACAACAUGCUUCCCCAAACCAACCACAACCAACCACAUCAAGAACCCCGGAUUCGACUACGAAACCACCUUCGACACUUCCAUGGCCUACUGGAAAGUCAGCCAGGUCGGUGGUGCUUACGCUGACGCCUCUUGGGUUUACGCCAAUGUAGGCCAGACGUCAAGAUCCAACGGUUUCAUGGGCGUCACACAGAGUGGCGCCUCCGGCAAGGGCGAUAGCACUCUCACCCUCUCGCAGAGCGACAUAUUCAUUCCCGCUGAUGCGAUGGUCGAGGCCAGCGCAUGGGUCAAGCCGCUGCGUUCUUCCAACCAUGUUCGCGGUGGAAAGGCAUUCUCCAUUGCGCUGGUGUUCGAUGGCGAGGCUGUUGUUACUCUUACUCCGAGCAGCACUAGCGGCAAGACUCUUGUUUCCAGCAAGAUUGCUGUGAACAAUGCGAUGGAUCUGCAUACUUUGGCGCUGGUGGUGCGCACGCAAGGUGUUGACGACAAGAACAUCUUCGCUGCUGAUGACUUUGUUAUUAAGGUUGUUUCUGGACCCAAUAACCUCAAGCUUUGCACGGAGUAGGCGAUCUUCUUUGUAACGAUGUAACUGCGCACAUGCGAGCAUUUCCUUUGUCUCAGAGGGUGGC